AGCGCCCAGCACCCCGGAGAGCCGAGCUCUGCCGAGCGGUGCCGAGCUGUGCUGAGCCCUGCCGUGGUGGAGGGGUCCUGAAUAGCACCAUGGCUCGGGUGACACGGCUGCUGCCUCCUGCCCUGCUGCUGCUCCUGCUCCAGGGAGCCCCAGGUGUGGGUGCCCAGGCAGAUCAGGACUUCCAGCUGCAGCAGCCCCAGGACAAGGUGUCAGUGGCAGCAGGGGAGACGCUCACUCUGACCUGCACCUUGUCUGGAGACCGUUUCCUUGGCCCUGUGAAGUGGCUGAAGGGCUGGGGCAGUGGGAACGAGACCAUCUAUGGGCCAGGGGGCUCCUUCCCCCGUGUGAAGAGGACAGUGGACAAGUCCAGCACAGACUUCAGCAUCCGCAUCAGGGACGUUCACCCCGGGGAUUCGGGCACCUAUUACUGUGUGAAGUUCAGGAGAUCAGUGGGAGGUGAAGAGCUGUUUCGGCAUGGAAAGGGCACAGAGGUGUCUGUGACUGCCAAACCCUCCCCCCCGGUUGUGUCCGGGCCCAGCCGCAGAGCGUCGCCGAGGCAGUCGGUGCCUUUCACCUGCACCAGCGGCGGGUUCUUCCCCGCGAGCAUCAGCGUGAAAUGGGCCAAGAACGGGACGUCGAUCUCGGCUCAGCAGCCCAGCGUCACCGCUGGGCAGAAGAAAUCCUCGUACAGCAUGUCCAGCAGAGUGAGGAUGGAGCUGCAGGAGGACGACGUGCGCUCGUGGCUGUCCUGUGAGGUGCAGCACCCCACGCUGGGGGCCCCGCUGACGGGGACGUACCCGCUGCGCGACGCCCUGCGAGUUUCCCCCGGCGUCCUCCUGGACGGCGACUGGCGCGGCCCCGUCGAGCUGAACAGGACGGUGAACUUCACGUGCCGCGCGAAGGACUUUUACCCGGGAGACGUGGCCAUCAGCUGGCUGGAGAACGGGGUGGAGAUCAAGGUGGAGAACAGCUCCCGGGCGCUGCCGACCCCUCGGGGCUUGUUUGAGCAGAGCAGCGUGCUGGAGGUGAAAGCCACGGAGGAGAAGAACGGCUCUGCCUUCACCUGCCGGGUGGUGCACGAUGCCCAGGACCCCGUCAGCAAGAGCUUUGCCCUGCGGGUCUCUGCCCCAAGCAAGGAGGGGCUGAGCGACCGGCCCCUGGCAGACAGCGGUACAAACCUCCUGUCCAGCCCCAUCUUGUGGCUUGGCAUCUUGCUGGAGAAGGGGCUUCUCAGCGGCCUCCUCAUCUUCAUCUUCAAGCGCAGGAGGGAAUGAGAAAGGAAACAGCAGAGCCACCGCUUCACCGAGCUCCGCGUCAGACCCGGCUCCCCGGGUGCCGGUGCCGGGAGCGGCGGCUCGGGGCUCGGCUGUGGCGUUGUCGCGUGAAAUAAAGAGAAC